GUACUUCGUUAAUGGGUUUUCUCCCCGGUAAACACGAUGCCUUUGUGAUUUCCAGAUCAUGCACUGCAUCAGUGUUUUGCGUACCUCAGUGUCUGUGUCUCGUUGACCAGCGUUAUCGAUAGUACACUAGUACUUAAACAACCUACUACUCUGUACACUUUUACUUACAAAUGUAUAUUCUGCAUUCAGUUCACCUGUAAUUAUGCUUGUGACUGCAUUCUUAAAUGAUAACAACUGUAAACAAAAGGUGUAUUAUAUAGGUGAGAUUAGAAUAUAUAUGCAAUUCAGUCAGGAGAACGGAUUGUACUGUAAGAAAACAAUGUUUAUACGUAUAUAUUUGGUGCACGCUUUUCUUUCUAUUUUUUUUUUUUAAUUUUCCUAUUCCAAUUAAUGUUGGAGUUAAAUGAAGUUGAUUAUGAUUUGUCAUUGUUUACCCUGUACUUAAGUCAGAUACACGUGACAAACUUAUCAUGUGAUAGAACUCGUGGAUUACUGCUUGGAUAAUCUUUAAAUUUGAGUUGAUAAAAUUGUGCAAGUAUUAGAAUAGCUGGGCCUCUCAUUCACGUUGGUUGUCAAUAGUAAGUGUGUACAGAUAUUUGAUUUUGACUUGUACGUCUGCACGAAAUGAAUGCAUCGUUUAUAAAUAUUUUAUUUGAUAUUCUAAUCCUUCAUUUUUCAGCCAGAAUGAUCGUCGUCUACUUAGGUUUGGUGUUUCUCUGUGGUUGCUAUGGAUAUCCUUCUGGAGCUCCUGAUUCUGCCUGCAACUCCAUGACACCCAACCAUGGUGUUGGUCCCCAAAAUACGUCACCGCCUUACGUCAUUAAACUGUCUUCUUCCAAUUUCACUGCAGAAGAAAAUCUUACAAUAACAAUCACAUCCGGCGACAAUCAGAAUGGGACGACUUUUGACGGGUUCCUGAUAGAGGUUUUCACAAACCUGUCAGAUACCAUUAGGUUUUCGGGAGGUGAAUUUACUGUACCGAGCAAUGCUCAUCAGACCUGUAGUGGUGGCGCAACGCAUUCUGAUCCAAAGCCAAAAUCGUCUAUCAGUCUCUCCUGGAAACCUACUUCAACAUUUAGUGGAACAGUGAAGUUCAGAGCUACAGUCGUGCAGACUUACACGACGUUUUGGGAAAACAUUGAGUCCCAGUCUUUACACGUUGAGUACAUUGUUCCGUCCCCACCCCCUGGUAAUACCACUGACGUCACCACCAAUCCGCCCCACAUCACCACGUCACUCUCUUCGGGCACCACACAGACGCCUUCCGACAUGCCUCGUUGUGAGAAAGGCUUUGGUUGUUUCAAAUCCUGCUCCGGUGACGCGUGUGACGCAGUGGUUUUGUGGAGAAGACAUGAAAACGUGGUGGACUUCAGAAUCAUGUCACGCCCAACAAAUCCAGACCACAGAUGGGUGGCGAUAGGACUCUCCCCGAAUGGAAAAAUGGCAAGAACAAGUGUUGUGAUGUGCCUAUACGACAAUACAAUAUUCAGUGUUAUAGAGGGUAUCAAUAAUGGCUACUCGUUCUCUCCAUUGCCAAACACCACGCUUGGGUUACUAAACAUGACUGCAAGUAUCGUGGAUACAGUUAUGACAUGCUCGUUUUCGCGCCAAAUUAACGUAACUGGAGAUUUGGGAGACGUGUACAGUCUCUCACGAAAAUAUUAUCUCUUACUGGGAAACGGCCCUAUCAGAAGUGGGAAACCUAAGCGACACGAACAUACACCUGUUGUCAGUGCAGCUAAAGUGGACUUCCUUUUGAAUCAAGAUGUCGGGGCCGGCGAUGAGUCCAUGUUGAUGUACAAAUUACACGGCAGCCUGAUGAUUUUUGCGUGGAUUCUUUUGUCCAGUCUGGGUAUAAUUAUUGCGCGCUACUAUAAGUCAAACUGGAAGGGAUCGAUGCCUUGCGGAGUCAAAGUCUGGUUCGCUAUUCACAGAAUACUUAUGUCGUCGGUGUUUCUUAUCACGGGACUUGCCUUUGCCAUUAUAUUCAUAAAAGUCGGAACUCUUCUCCAGAUGACUGAUGGAAGUGUAUACCUGAAAUACCAUCCAAUUCUCGGGAUCACAGUCAUGGCACUAAGCCUGGUGAACCCAGUGAUGGCUCUAUUCCGCUGUAAACCGGGACACAAAUACCGACACGUAUUUCACUAUUCACAUAUGUUCGUGGGGAUGUCAGCACAAAUUUUAGCAGCUACCACAAUAUAUUUCGGAGUGAAUCUGGAAAAAUCAAAUACACCCGUUGAAGCCUCAUAUGUCGUCAUAGCUUACGCUACUACAUACGCCCUCAUAGAAUUUAUAUUAGAAUGUGAAAAACAGUACAGAAAGAGCUACGAGGAUGACAUAGAAAAGCAAUAUAUUCUCAAAUCAGCUGUGACUGAAUAUUCACCGCAAGCGCAAUCGCACACUGAGGGAAACUCUUUCAAACAGUCGAUUCUGGUACUUCAUUUCCUGUGUAUGACGUCAUACUCUGCGGUACUCAUAUAUAUGGUGGCAACAGCGUAGCAUCAUAGAGAGAGAGAGAGAGAGAGAGAGAGAGAGAGAGAGAGAGCAUGCGUUCAUAUCAAUAUUUGUGUUCUUUUUGUUUUUUUGCUUUGUUUUGUAAAAGUCAUUUGAGAUAUUUUCUUGUUGGUUCAAUAUUUCAUGCCAUACAAUGUAUGAUGGACAAAUCGCCAAUGUAGCCAUUUUAGUUUUGGUGUUAUGUGCUUGUUAGCCUUUAUUAGAAUUUUUACACGUGUGUUUGAAGGUGCUACUUUUUUGGUCACCUGAGUUCAGUCAAAAGACCUAUUGCUAUUGAUCUGCUUCCAUCUGUUGACGUGUGUAGUCCAUUAAUAACGACAUUUUAAACUUCUUUUUGAUAACUACCAUUCCAAUACUUUUCAAAUUUGGUAUGAAGCAUCUUUGGGACAAGGGGGACAUAAAUUGUAAUUUUCAGGACUCCUGUACCCAGGGACCUUAGUGGUGUGGCAAAAUAUUUUGGCACUGUACAGUAGUCUGUAUAGAAAUCUUAUAAUUACAAUGAUGAAAAGGUCAAUUUCUAAGAAAACAUCUUUUUAUGACUUUGAAAACGUUUUUGAAAUAUUAUCUUUCAAAUGCUAAGUUGGAAUAAUUGAUGAAAAAUCCAUGAUCACUUUAAUUCUACGUUGGUUGCGUCAUUAAAUGUGAUCACCUGAAUUUUCUUUAACUCUUUACUACUGGCAAAUGCAAUUUACCUGUCUAUGUACAUGUAUGAUUAGGUUGGUAGGUUUGUUGGUUGUAUAUUGUUUAACGUCCCAAACUCAAGAAUUUUUUCACUCAUAUGGAGACGUCACAACUGCCAGUGAAGGGCUGCAAAAUUUAGGCCUAUGCUCGGCACUUAUGGCCUUUGAGCAGGGAGGGAUCUUUAUCGUACCACGUGACAUGAGGUCUCGUUUUGGUGGUAUCAUCGGAAGGACCACCCCAUUUAGUCGCCUGCAUACAACAAGCAAGGGGUACUGAGGACCUAUUCUAACCCGGAUCCCCACAGGACCAUGUAUGGUUAGAAAUUAUGCUAUAUUUAAAGGUUCAAAUCAUGGAAUAUGUGAAUAUACCUCUCAGCAUUAGGCCUAUACUUAUAUAGACGUAUAAAAGCAUUUUAUGAUCGAUAUUCUGUACAGAUUUUGUACAAUCUAAUCAAAGUUAGAUCCUAUGAUUCGCUCAUCUACUAUCGCUACACAUAGGAUGAUCCUAUGUGGAGCAAUAGUAGAUGAACGGAUCAUAGGAUCUAAUUUUAAUUAGAUCGAGAUUUUGUACCACAUUUUGCAAACUUUACAGAUUUCACACUAAAAUCACGCCAUUGUAAAGGCAUUUUACACAAUUGUGAUUGAAAUAUUAUCACAGGUAUGUUUAUACCGGUGUGCUGCUGCUGAAUAUUAGAAUUUAGCUUACAAACGUAUUAUAGAUUUUGUAGCCCUCAGGGCUAAUGAUACUUUUAACUAACGCUCAGGUAAUUGAUGUAACUUGUGAGUCUGGUGUUUAAAUAGCUGAGGGCUUGAGUGGGUGUUGUGUUGUGUAUAGCUACUGUAGGUGUGAUAGAAUUCUGUGCACGUUACAAUAUCAUUCUGAAUAAAACACUAGGAAAUUUUCCAUUUUAAC